AUGAAUUGGUAUCACGUGAGCUCGCGUUGGAACCCCACCAACAAACGCGGACGAGGUUGUAUCAAUCAAUUCCCGGUAGCCACGCUGCGUGUGCGGAAGCUUCCAUCAUCAUGUUCGUCUUCAUUCCCUGAUUUUGAUAAUAUUAAUGCUGCGCAGAUUACUUUCCUUGCCACGGCCUAUCCGUCCCCUUUUGAGAAGCUUACAACUGGACUUACUUCACGAAACGGCCCUGGGACACGACCGAUCGAGGGCGUUGAUGAUGUCUUCACCGGAUGGAAAACGACUGCCACAGAAAACCCGGCUGUCAAGAUCCUGGGCUGGUCUGAGUACUCGAAAACUGACAACCCUGUUGCCUCAGAAACUGCCGUCGCCUCGUUCUUCACCCCAACUUCCCAAAAGCCCAAGGAACGGACAACCUGGAAUGAGCGCAUACCUCCAAAGGAUGGAAACGACAAAAAGGACGCCCGAGCCACCCUUUUAGUUGCGCAAUACAGCCCUGAAAACUAUGAGAUCGAGCCGCCAUCGAAAAGGAGAAAGGUUGCGGCAUUUGAUCUGGAUGGCACUAUCAUACGAACAGCGUCAGGCAAGAAGCAUGCCGACGGUCCUGGCGACUGGCAGUGGUGGGAUGCUUGCGUGCCUCUUAAACUCAGGAGCUUAUACCAUGAAGAAGGCUACCGCGUCGUGAUAUUCUCGAACCAAGGAGGCCUCACUCUCCACCCCGAUCCCAAGUCCAAAGGGCCAAAAAAUACCAAACGUACAGACCAUUUCAAAGUCAAGGUCAAUUCCAUCUUGUCAAAACUCGACAUACCGAUCACUCUCUACGCCGCGACGGCAAAUGACAUAUUUCGGAAGCCACGACCCGGCAUGUGGGAUGAGAUGCUCGACGACUACGACCUCCACGGGACUGGAGCCGCAGCAGAUAUGGAACACAGUUUCUUCGUAGGGGAUGCGGGUGGCCGCACAGCACAGCUGGUUUCCGCAAGCGCCGUGUCUGCUAAUGCGGCUAUCAAAAGUAAAGGCAAGAAUCGGGCGGGACCAGCAGCCUUACCCAAGGACUUUAGCUGCUCGGAUCGCAAUCUGGCGCACAAUAUAGGAAUAGACUUCAAGACUCCAGAGGAGUACUUUUUGGGAGAAGAACCGCGGGACUUUGUCCGCGAUUUCGACCUCGCCAGCCACCCAUUUGUAGAUCCCGACGGAGAGCCCAAGGCGCUUAUAGAGCGGAAGAACGAGAAGGACAUCAUCCUUUUCUGUGGGCCCCCGGGCGCUGGAAAGAGCACAUUCUACUGGAAAUACUUGAAGCCGCUUGGAUAUGGGAGGGUUAAUCAAGACACGCUGAAGACCAAAGAAAAAUGCUUGAGCGCCGCUGCCGAGAUGCUCAAGGACACAGUCUCGGUCGUCGUUGAUAACACAAACCCUGACCUGGAUACCAGGGCACAAUGGGUUGCUCUCGCUGCGAAACAUGGCGUUCCUAUACGCUGUGUGUGGUUCAAGACCCCGCUGUCAUUGGCUCAGCACAAUGACGCCGUCAGGUCCAUGAACGGCACGAUGAACCCGGAAUCACGAGCUGGACUUCCCGCUCUAGCUUUUAAUAGCUUCAAUUCAAGACUCAAGGAGCCAAAGGUCAGCGAGGGUUUCCAGGACAUAGUCGAGAUUGAGUUCACCUUCAGGGAUGGUUACGCAGCAGCAGUCAAAUGGGAGCGGGCACGGUAUGCAAAAACAAAAGCGACCCGGACAGCAGCCGCCGCGACCGUUGUCACCGCCUCUGAGGCCCACUUCAGCUUCAUCCCCACAGCUGCGAGUCAAGAUCUAAGGCGGGGCUUGUUACCCAUUGUCUCCAGCAGAACCGGCUGCUCUUUGACCAGUACAGCGGCCGAUGGUGUUUGCGGCAGCAUGUUGUUCUUUGCGUCAGUGGUUGGCGACAUUUUGCGCUUAUCUUGA